AUGGUGAGCACGGCCGACAGGGCAGUUGCGAAUCCAGGUAGCGAGGGGCAGACGUCUCAAGUAGAGGGCUCCCGAGAUGGCCAGCCAGGCGCAGUGGAAGACGGCUGCAGAGGGUCCAGGUCUUCUGGUGCCACAACGCGAAUGUCGCGCGCCACACCUGCCGGCUCCACCACGUGGUGCAGCGUCGACGACGACGCGUUGGACAGCUGUCACCGGCUACGCUUGUACUUUGUACAUGGUCCCGCGCACUUUCGGCAAGAGCCCGAAGCACACGUGCAGCAGCAGGAGCACGAGGAUCCCAAUGUUCUUCCCGAGGUGGAGACAUCUGAUGCAGUUCACGCCGACGCCGAAGUUCAAAGGGUGUGCGGCAACCUCCGUCUACCCGACGAAACAUGGAACAAGUUAACGUUUUGCAGUGAACGUGAUUCUGCGUUAUACGGCGUUUGUGAGCUCGAGGGCGAGCAGGUGGACCACAUCUUGCUGCCCAACUUCAAAAGUGGCUUUGGAUUUAACAAAGCAGUUUUCAACGCCCUUGCUAUCAAGACUAAAGAUAUGGACAUCUCCAGUAGACAUGAAGGCAUCAUCUUCGAUGAGAUGAAGUUGACUGAGCAUUUCAACGUCAGUGCAGCAGGGACAGUGGAAGGCUUCGUUGACCUCGGAAAGUUCACCCAGGAGGAAGAUCGGACGACUCCAGCCGACCAUGGGAUGGUGAUGAUGUUUCAACCUUUUCAAGGUGACUGGACACAGAUAUUGGGAGUGUUUUCAUCCAAAGGGAACAUCAAAGCAGAAAUGCUGGCGAAGCUUCUUCUAGAGGCCAUUCUACUGUCAGAACAAGCCGGACUUUUCGUCGACUUUGUAUCCUGUGAUGGAGCGACCUGGAAUCGGAGCAUGUGGAGGUCAUUUGGAAUUGGCGCAUCCUCAGUCAAGACCACCUGCAAUGUUACCCACCCUGUGGACCCCUCCAGAAAGCUUCACUUCUGCUCCGACUUCCCACAUUUAGUGAAAUGUGUUCGCAACUCAUUUGUAAGCACCGGGUUCACCACUCAAGAUGGUCGUGCGUGUGUUGAGGACAUUGAGGCAGCAUGGGAGAAAGACAAAAGUUCUUUAACUCUGAAGGCCAUGCCACAUAUUACGAGAGUGCACAUUCGGCCCAAUUCUUUUGAGAAAAUGAAAGUUAACUUGGCGUUCACACUGUUCAGUGAUGAAGUUUUGAAAGGCAUGUUUUUGUUCGCAUCAGACAUUGACGAGAUUUCUCGUUCAAAACUAAUGCCCACAGUGGAGCUUGUAAAGCGAAUGAGUCGACUAAUAGCUGUGAUGACGUCCAGGUGCCCGCGAGAGGGGCUCAGACCAUCAUCAGAGAAAGUUGCUGAGCUCGAGGCGUUCCUUUUAUUUAUGGAUCACUGGGAAGCAGCAGCAAAAACAGCCGGUGGGGGAUUCGGUUCCAAAGACGUAAUGCAAGGCACAUAA